CUUUUACUUGUACCACGCGUCUGGAUACACACACUCCUAUAAGGUCUGGUGCAGUUUGAGCAGGUGACCCUCCCUCGGUGACCGUCACAACCACCCGUCCCACUGACCGCGCCGCCAACGCGCUUGGUCGUCCACCCUGAAUGCCUGAGAAUGCCAUCCCAAUGACCAAUUCACGACAUCCUCGCCUGGCAGAGCAAUCUCAGAGAAGACUCGACCAAGCACGAGAAACGGCGCACCAGAAGACUGGAUACGACUCCGAGGCGACGCGUCAAGCCCUCGUCAAUCGAUAUGGAGAAUUGACAGGGAACACCGCGUACAAAUGGCAACUAGACGUUGCCGAGGCUUUAAUUCUCAAACUCGACUGUGUCGUAUCCUUCAUCACUCUCACUGCCGCUCUCAGCAACUUCCAUUUCCGAGCCCUCUGCAUCUUCAUCGUCGGUAUCACUAAGGUCGACAUCACCAGCCCUGUCGUCCCUCUCAACUGAGCCAAAAGUUUUGCCCAUGUCGUGGUGGUAUAUGUUGGUCCAGUCAAAGGGUUCUUCAAAGUCAUCUUGUAUUUCAGUAGUAGGUAGUGACAUUGUGGUGGGUACGAUACAGCGAAUACGUGUUGAGGAACGCAAGGAAAAUGUGACAAGCGUUACCGA